GCAGGUGAUACGAAAAAAAAACGAGGAGGAAAGAAAGAAAGAAAAAAAGAAAAAUGAUGACAGAAUAAUACAGUGUCAAGAUGAAAAAUUCUUUCUCCGUCGGUCCAUGCGCGCAUCUCAGGUUUGUUUGUACGCGUGCGCUCGCGAACCCCUUAUCGAAUUGGAGAGAGAAAGUACGUGUGUACGUAGGCCAUGGUGUAUAGGUCGAUGAACAGAAAGUUGGAAAGCGGGGGCGCAGGGACAUCAGUUCCAGAGGACUCUUGGGGUCCAUGGAAGGAUGCGCGCAUAUUAAAUUUCUCCAGUGUGUUAAGCGUGACGCUACGAGCUCGAGGAUCGCCCGAGCAAAGUUUGUUGAUUAGAGUUUAUCGAACUUUUCGUUUAUUUGGCUCGGCAUGAAAAUGUGCAGAAUCAAUGGUGAAUCGGGAAAUAUAUUAUCGUGGAAAAUACGCGUUAUCGAAAAUCCGAGGAACUUGGAAAGCGACACGUGAAUAGGGCUGCUCGGUGUGAUGUGGCAGAGGCUGUCCCUGGUGCUUCUACUCGUCGCCUCCAUGGCGAGGAGCAGUAGCAGCAGCGGCUCAACUUCGUGUCCGCACAAUUGUCAAUGUGUCAUCGUCACGAAUGCUCAGCUGGACGAUCAAAUUGACAACAACAACAACAACAAUAACAACAACAGUAGUUGGCUGGAGGCACGUUGCAACGGGGCUCCGAGACUCGAGACCUUGCCGGAAAAGACGCAGAGCCUCGUCGUCAGAGAAACGAGUAAUAACGAGGCGAUAACGAGGCUCGUACUAGAUCUUGAGGAGUCCGGAAGCGUAAGUCUGCGUAAACUCGCUUUCGUAAAUUGUUCUUUGACUAAUUUCAACGUGACAGUGAGUAAGCUCUCGAAAGAUUUUCUUGUUUCUCUUGAAUUAACGAACAACGAGGUAGCCGAUUUUGAAGAAUUGAGAAUAGUCGAUAGCAGGCGCCUCGGCGAGCUCGAUCUCACCGGUAAUCGUUUGGCUCGCAUAAAAUCGGAAGCUUUCCUUCAUUUCGGUGAAUUGUUGAAGUUGAAUCUGCGAAGAAAUGCGAUAGAAACGAUUGAGAAGAACGGUUUCGCGGGCCUCGAUCGUCUGGAGAGUCUCGAUCUUUCGGACAAUCGUUUGGUCAACCUGGCCGGGGACACUUUCGUACCGUUGAGCUAUCUGAAAAGUUUGAAUAUCAGUGGUAACAGACUCGGUGUUUUGGGUGAAGAGUGGUUCGACAAUCUCGGAGGUUUUCGUAAUCUCGAACUCGAGGAUCGUCACCAGUUGCGUCAACAACCGGAAACGAGCAGCAGAAGCGAAGACGUCGAGCUCUCGCUGGUCCUCGGAAGUCUUCAAAGAUUGGAAACGAUUGAUGCCUCGCGCAUCGGUCUCGAACGCGUACCCUCCGCGCUGACGAGAUCCGUCAGGUUCCUCAAUCUCGCCGGUAACCGACUGACGCUCAUCCGUGGCGGUGAUUUCGACAGUUAUCCAUUACUGCGCGUUCUCGAUCUCUCGUACAAUUUCAUAAGCGUCGUGGAAAACGAUGCCCUCGGGCGUCUCGAGAUACUCGAAAAGCUCGACAUCGCGGGGAAUCGUUUGCGCGAUUUGCCACAGAGUCUUCCAUGCGGUCUCCGGGAGUUGAUACUGCGAGAAAAUUUUAUCGUUAAAUUGCGCAGGCACGAUCUCGAAGCGUUGACGAAACUCGAGAGCCUGAUUCUCAAUCAAAACAACAUAAGCGAAAUUGAGGAAGGCUCCAUGUCUCAGCUGUUGCUUCUGAACGAGCUCGACAUAUCGAACAAUCCGAUAAAGCAAUUACCGGCCGAUACUUUUGGAGGGCCCGGUAAUAUCGUUACUCUCCGUAUGUCCUAUCUCGUGUCGCUUCAAUGGGAAUCGGAAAAACGCGCUGACAUGGCUUUCCCAGUACCGGCACCGGAGAAACUAGUUUCUCUCGAUCUCACCGGAAGCCCCGUUCUCGCAGCUCAAUUACUCGCUGACGAGGCUGCGCUCUCCGCCUGCAAGAGCCUUCGGACUCUGGACCUCACUCGCACCAAUAUCACGGAGCUCAGAUCGGAUCUUCCAUAUUUGCUUCCACAACUGAAGACUCUUGGACUCUCGGACAAUCGAUUAAAUUGCACAACCGAUGAAGAUCGUAUAAACUGGCUCGCGAGAUGGCUCAGAGAGCACGAGGAAAUUUCACCGUCCGGAGAGUGCAGAUUUCAUAACGGCACUCGAGCGAUUCUCUCUCAAUUGCCAAUACCGGAUAUCGAGUCAACGAGCACGUCGACGACGACGACGACGACAACGACAACGACAACAGUUUCGGUGAAAAAAUACUCCAACGUAAAUAGCCCUUCUUCUCUCGAUGACCCUCGAGGCUCUUCCGAACAACGAAGAAUCACUACAGCCCUCGGAGCACAUCCCGGAAUCCUCGUUCUCGCUGCCGCAGUUAUCGGCGCUUUGGUCCUCGCAAUCAGCUUCGUAAUCUCACGGAAACGGAGCCAAACGAGCGCGGAACUUGUUGAAAAUUACGAACAACGUCGACCCAUCAUUACCGAGCUCUGGUGAGCUCGUUAUUUCGGCUCGUAUCAUACACGCUCGCUCAGACGCUUUUCAAACAUCAAACGACACACGCUACGUGACAAUAAAUGUACGAGUUGAUCGCGUCAAUCCUCCUCUCUCAUACACGAGUUAAGCAUUCAAAUAACACACCACACGAAUCCAGCCACAACUUCACUCUCCUCUUCACAGCUCUAACAACUUUGCUCUUAAACUUCUCUCCACUAAAAUAUACAACGGCUGUUUCCUCGCCAAACCUUUUCUUUGCUUCAAAACCUCUGUUAUAUCAAGAUUCAAAAACUUUUCACGAUUGUACAAAUAUCUUAAGCACCGGACAUGUUCCAAACCUCAUCAGCACUGUUUUCCUCCAGUAAACAUGAAAAAAGCUAUCGUCGAGAUAUUUUCUAAACAAAAUAUUUAUCGAAAAAUCAUCAAACAACGAAGAAAUUUGGUGAUUUUUCUCAAGGCAUAUCAUUUUUUCGAUUUUAUCCCGAAAAAACUGGACGAGAUCGAUGAAAUUUAGUUAUAAAUCGAUAAAAAUUAAUGGCCAACUAAAAUUUUAAAACGAGGGUUUGUAAAGCAACGAGCGAGGUUGAAUAUUUUUCAAUUUUUUCAAAUUGUCGCUCGACACGGAAAUAGAGAUGUUGAAGUGUGGGAACGUGAAUUUCAAAGAAGAGCUGUAGAGAGUGGAAUUGUUGUGUAGUGGUCGCAAACAUGCGAGGUCGAUGAUACAACAAACACAUUAAGUGCUCGAAGCACCAAUGAUGCGAAGUUACCAAAAACGAAGAAAACAAAAAAAUGAACACUGAAACACGCACACACACACGCACACACACACACACAAAUAAAUCUCAGAGUACAGAUUAAUAAUAAUGAGCGAUAAUUUUUAUGAUAAUAAUGAAGAGACUAGAUAUUAUCUUUCGUAAAUUAACCCAGUGUCAAGCUACGAUUACGUUAAUAAACCGUUGUACAAAGGUAA